GUGUGAAUGAGAGAGACUCUCUGCAGUAUUUAGUGUCCAGUUGUGCUGGCUCCGAAGAACAGCAGCAUCGCAAUGCCCCCUCCUGCUGAUAUAGUGAAGGUGGCGAUCGAAUGGCCAGGUGCCUUCCCCAAGUUAAUGGAAAUAGAUCAAAAAAAGCCACUGUCCUCAAUAAUAAAAGAAGUCUGCGAUGGGUGGUCUCUUGCCAAUCACGAUCAAUUUGCACUGCAGCAUGCUGAUAGUUCUAAUUUCUACAUCACAGAGAAGAAUCGUAAUGAAAUAAAAAAUGGAGCGAUCCUUCGAUUAACAACAUCUCCAGCUCAAAAUGCACAGCAGCUCCAUGAGAGGAUCCAGUCUUCUAGUAUGGAUGCGAAGUUAGAAGCACUGAAGGACUUAGCCAACUACUCACGGGAUGUUACGUUUGCCCAAGAAUUUAUAAACCUAGAUGGCAUUUCCCUCCUAACGCAAAUGGUUGAAAGUGGCACAGAACGAUAUCAGAAAUUGCAGAAGAUAAUGAAGCCCUGCUUUGGAGAUAUGUUGUCCUUUACACUGACUGCAUUUGUUGAGCUGAUGGAUCAUGGGAUUGUAUCGUGGGAUACAUUCUCUGUGGCAUUCAUUAAAAAGAUAGCAAGCUAUGUCAACAAAUUUGCCUCUGACAUCUCCAUCUUGCAACGGUCACUAGCAAUCCUGGAAUCGAUGGUGCUCAACAGUCACGAUCUGUACCAGAAGGUGGCCCAGGAGAUCACAAUUGGGCAGCUAAUCCCACAUCUGCAGGGGACAGACCAAGAAAUCCAGACAUAUACCAUUGCAGUAAUAAAUGCACUUUUCCUUAAAGCACCGGAUGACAAGAGACAGGAAAUGGCAAACAUUUUGGCACAAAAGCAACUUCGCUCCAUCAUCUUAACUCAUGUUAUCAGGGCACAGAGGGCCAUCAAUAAUGAAAUGGCACACCAGCUUUAUGUUCUCCAAGUUCUUACCUUUAACCUUCUGGAAGACAGAAUGAUGACAAAAAUGGAUCCACAGGAUCAGGCUCAACGGGAUAUAAUUUUUGAACUCCGAAGAAUUGCGUUUGAUGCAGAAUCUGAACCUAACAACAGCAGCGGCAGCAUCGAGAAACGCAAAUCUAUGUAUACUCGAGACUAUAAGAAACUUGGAUUUAUUAACCACGUAAACCCAGCGAUGGAUUUUACGCAGACCCCUCCAGGAAUGCUAGCCCUCGACAACAUGCUGUACUUUGCUAAACAUCACCAGGAUGCUUAUAUACGGAUUGUCCUGGAGAACAGCAGUCGAGAAGACAAGCAUGAGUGCCCAUUUGGCCGGAGUAGCAUUGAGCUGACAAAGAUGCUGUGCGAAAUACUGAAAGUAGGAGAGCUAC